AUGUUUACCGUAUCAAUGGCAUCAAUAUUCGUUGUUUUUUGCUACUUGUUAAUUUGCACCGUAAAUUUGGGUUAUGGUGAUCGUAUUCCUCCACGUUAUGUGAUAAAUUUGGAUUUGCCUCCAGAAAAUCGUUGGGACAAAGUUAUUGAUGAUUACAGGGAAUUGAUUCCGGCAGUUAUUGAAGAAAUCCAUCAUUAUGUGCCAAGGUUGCUACGUCCACUCGUAUGGUGGAUUGAUAAAAAUAUUAUACUUAAAGAGUUUCCAGAAGAAUAUGCUCGAGAAAUUCGUGGUAUUGCUGCACGAAGUGGUCUUCACAUUGGUGAAGUGGUAGGUAUAAACAUUUUCUACGACAUUUCCGCCUUCAACCGUAAACACAUAUUGACAAACACCGGUUGCACGUCAAUCGUUGCAGAAGAUUAUAAAGGUCGAAUAAUUCACGGUAGAAAUUUGGACUAUGAAAUCUCAAUUCUUCGAAACCUAACAAUUAUUGUCGACUUUACAAAAGGAGGAAAUAUACUUUAUACCGCCGUAACUUUCGCACUAAAUGUCGGCAUAUAUACCGGACAAAAACAUGGGUCAUUUUCGAUCAGUAUCAAUGAACGCUAUUCUGGCGCUUACAUCGACACGAUCUUAAUGGAACUUUAUACCCAUUUCAAAAAACUAGUGACACUUACUAUCCGGAUGGCUCUUGAAGAGAAAAAUACAUUCGAAGAAGCAAGAGAAAUGCUGAUAAAAGAACAUUUUAUAGCUCCAUCAUACUUGAUCAUAGCAGGUACCAAAUCAGGACAGGCCUGUAUCAUAACAAGAGAUCGCUGGGAGUCUGUAGAUUUAGAAUGCACCGAUCCACAGAAUGAUCGAUGGUUUUUAGUGGAGACCAAUUUUGAUCAUUGGGAAGUCGAUAAAGACAAGCGUCGAAGAACAGCGGAAAAAGCCCUUCAGCGGAUUGGCAGAUAUGCUAUAACAUAUAAGGAAAUGCUCCGAAUUCUUUCACUUCAUCCGGUUAAAAAUAAGUGA